GCCAUUAACCGUGCUGGAGGCAAAUCUGGAAAUAAGGGUUCAGAGGCUGCCUUAACUGCAAUUGAGAUGGCAUCACUUUUUGAGCACCACCUGAAGAAAUAAAAUGCAUAAAAUUUGGCAUCUCAACCUUUUUUUUUAUAAAGACUAUUUAUUCAACAAUUGCAAGGUUUUCUACUCUAUUGCAUCUUCGCUCUUUGUAGCAAGCAGAGUUUUGUAGCUUUGGUUCUCUCAAGUUCUAUGCUUAAUUCAAAUUAUCAAUUUUCAUGAAGAAAGGUUCAUUGUGAGUGUUCUUGAAUUUAGAACUUGUCUCCAUAUCGAUUCUAAAUCGACGAGUAUAGAUUUCUUCCUGUUUCUUGCUAUGAUGUUGGCUGAUUCCAAGUGUUUUUGAAUACAGAAGUCCAUUUAAUACCUAGAAUUGUGGAAAAGUUUUGAAACAAUAUUAUUGUUCUUAUAUUUACAUAUAUGUUAUAUGU